CAGCAUAGGGCUACAUUUGAGAAGACACGUUACAAGACUGAUGCGGAUGUAAACGAUCCUCGAGACAUGGCCCCAGAUUCUCACACAUCAACUCGCCCGGUUGCGGAAACUUUUUCGCUCAUAUCCAUUGUGGACGUUUUGAGCACGCAGGAACCCGAACCCCGCGGUCGCUCAGUGCAGAUUUAAUUGAAGUCAAGGAUCUCGAAUCUCCCACUGAAAAUGAAUCAGGAGAAUGAAACGUCCCACAAAGUUUCUGCACAUGAGAAGAGGAGCGCAAGUCCUGUAAUUGCUGCUAUCGAAAAUCGAGAUGCCAAGAGGCGGGCGAUUGGACUGGCAGAGGAUUCUUCAACCAUGCUUGCUGAAUCUCCUGAGUUUACAAAGCUUGAUCCUCCUCCUACUUGUGCCUUGGACCCGAGCAAAAGACCGGCUCCUAGAAUUCGCCGAACGAAACAACAACUGAAAGACAUGGGUUCAAUACUUGGAUGUAUUGAUGAUGAUGAUCACAGAUUGGAGACUUUUAUUUAUUGCAUUACUAGUGUGAAUGAUACAAAAGCUGCAGAGGAUGCGCUGAUAGCUUCAGGAUAUGAAAAGGGCUCUAAAGAGUAUAUGGUGCGAUAUAAUUCGUUGAUGUUGAAUCAACGGUCAUACGGACUUACUGUGAAAAGAAAGAACCUUGAUAUUAGCGGGGGCAUUCGUGUGGAAGCUGUACUGAAUGAAGAUGGCAAAUAUGUAUUUGGUAAGGUGCAAAAGCACCGGAUGGGUUGAGGUAGAGUAUCCCUUGCUCCCUUUUACUUGGUAUCCUGCUGCGAAGGAUACAUAUUACCUAGUAUUAAUUAAUUAAUUAAUUAAUUAUCUGGAACAACUGUACUCUAAUGACUAUGCUUUAUCGGUGAUGGAACUGUAUUGGGAAUUGGGCAGUGUAUUGCCGUAUUUGUAUGAGUAUUACUUACCCUGUAUUUCAUGUGAGUUGGAUGACCUAUGCAAACUGAUCCUUGAAAUCAAAUGUCAUCAUAUUUUAAAAGUCUUUACUCUUAGACUUGAAUUUACUGAUCACGCAAAGGACAUCAAUAAGACUUUAAGCUUAUCGUUGAACAUGUUGGUAAUUUCACUUCUUAUAACAUCCCAUAUUUAUUUUUGGCAACUCCAUAGGCAAGUUCAAAUGAGCCUGGUAAGUUUACAGGUCUGUCUUUAAGGUUUCCGUCUCACAUGAAUCAGCAAAUGGAAAACGCUGAGAGGAAAAAAAUUUCCAAUCCUAAAGUUGCUUUUUGCUGCAUAUUCCUUUCACCGGGUAAGCUGCUUCACACCACAUGUAAUAUUUGAACUGCAAAUGUUCUUUUUCCUUAUUUUGCAUGCUAUAACAGAAAAACUGAGAGCUGGUGUUCAAUUGAUUUGAGCAAAGUAUUUGAGUCCUUGCUUUUGAGUUCACAAAUUCACAUACAAUUGAAUGUAACUAACAGAGAAUCACAAUUGAAUGUAUUAUAAAGUUACAUUCAAUUUAUAUUACUCAUCAGUUUGGUUUAUUAAUCUGCAGUUAAAAGAGAAAGUCAAUUUGUUUGAUGAGUGAUAUCUGCAAAGUUCAGUUCUUCCAUCCCUUUAAAAAACCAGCCAAACUGCACAAAAAGUGCAGUUCCUUUCCCUUUAGUUCUUCUUCUCUUCUUUGGCUUGCUUUUAAGUCAUAGUAAUGUCAUAAGAAAAAAUCUUUAUUACAUCUCUUCUUUAAAUAAGAUUUUAAAAAACAUUAGUGGCAAGAUGAUAAAAAAUCACAGUUUUCUCCCAUUCUUUAUUUUCUUAUUUGUCUAUAAUAUUUUAUAAGAUGAGUGUGGCAGAGAUGCGCAUGUUGCGUUGGAUGUGUGGGCAUACUAGGAAGGACCGCGUGAGGAAUGAGACAAUCAGACAAAGGGUGGGAGUAGCACCUAUUGAAGACAAGAUGAGGGAGUCGCGCCUACGGUGAUUUGGUCAUGUGCGUAGAAGAUCGUGUGAUGCACCUGUCAGACGAGUUGAAAUGUGUGGAGAAGAGGCAGGGAAGAGAGGGAGAGGAAGACCCAAACAGUCGUGGGUUAGGGGAGUUCAAAGUGAUAUGCUUCUUCUGAGGUUGGAUGAGAGCAUGACUUUGUAGAGAGCUAAGUGGAGGUCGGGUAUUCAUGUGGAGGAGUGAUCUCGUAUCAUCUUUUCCCAUCAUCUUUUUUUUUCCUUGUUUUUUAUCCUUAUAUAUAAGCAUUAUUUGUAUCAUUUUUAUUAUCUGUAUCCUUUUUAUUUUAUCAUUUUUAUGUAUAUUCAUCUCUUUUUAUAUUAUCUUUUUGUAAUAGCUUAUCUUUCUUAUCUUUAUUUUCUUUUCUUUUCUUUUGGUGGUGAUAUCAUGUAUCGAUUCAUGUUAGUAAACCCCAAUAUCUUUUGGGACUAAAGCUUGGAUGUUG